CAGCCUGUCAUCCAGACAGCCCGCUGCUCCGUCCGUCCUGUCCUGUCCUGUCCUGUACUGUCCUGUCCCGAGGAGAAGAGUGAGAGAGCUGGACUACUGCUACAACUACACAUCCGUAUGAGGGACUUAAAACUCUUUCCUGUCGUCCUGAUACUAAAUUUAACCCCCUGAACUUGUGUCGUCGUGCUGGACUUGAGGUAAGCCAUGGAGGAUGGGAAGCCAGUGUGGGCGCCCCACCCCGCCGACGGGUUCCAGCUGGGGAUGAUCGUUGACAUAGGAGCCGACACGCUCACCAUAGAACCACUGAACCAGAAGGGCAAGACUUUUCUUGCUCUGAUGAGCCAAGUCUUCCCAGCAGAGGAUGAUGUCAACAAACAUGUAGAUGACAACUGUUCCCUUAUGUACUUGAAUGAGGCCACUCUUCUGAACAACGUCAGAGUGCGGUACAAUAAAGACCACAUCUAUACUUAUGUGGCCAAUAUCUUGAUAGCUGUGAAUCCUUACUAUGACAUCCCCAAACUUUACGGUCCUGAUGCCAUCAAGUCGUACCGGGGGAAGUCACUGGGAACUCUGCCACCUCAUGUCUAUGCUAUAGCCGACAAAGCCUACAGGGACAUGAAGGUUCUCAAGAUGAGCCAGUCUAUCAUAGUUUCUGGUGAAUCCGGUGCUGGAAAGACCGAAAACACCAAGUUUGUUCUCAGAUAUCUCACCACAACAUAUGGAAGUGGGCAAGAUAUUGACGAGAGAAUUGUAGAAGCAAAUCCCCUCCUGGAGGCCUUUGGAAAUGCAAAGACAGUCCGAAAUAACAACAGCAGUCGCUUUGGGAAGUUUGUGGAAAUCCAUUUCAAUGAGAAGAAUGCAGUCGUGGGUGGAUUUGUCUCACAUUACUUGCUGGAGAAGUCGAGGAUUUGCAUGCAGAGUAACGACGAGAGGAACUACCACAUCUUCUACAGGCUGUGUGCUGGAGCAUCUGAGGACAUAAAGAAGAAGCUGCACCUGGACUCUCCAGACAGCUUCAGGUACCUGAACCGAGGAUGCACCAGAUACUUUGCCAGUAAGGACUCUGAUAAGCAAAUCAUGCAGAACCGCAAGAGCCCCGAGGACAAUAAGCACGGAAAGGUCGGUGCUCUGAAGGACCCUCUUCUUGACGACCUGGGCGACUUCAACAGGAUGUGUGUGGCCAUGAAGAAGAUCGGUCUGGACGACACUGAGAAGCUGGACCUGUUCAGGGUGGUUGCCGGUGUCCUGCACCUGGGCAACAUCGACUUUGAAGAAACAGGGAGUUCCUCAGGCGGUUGUAUCCUGAAGAAUCAGUCCGGCCAGUCUCUGGAGUACUGUGCUAACCUGCUGGGUCUGGACCAGGAUGAUUUGCGUGUCAGCCUCACAACCAGGGUCAUGCUCACGACAGCAGGGGGCGCCAAAGGAACAGUUAUCAAGGUGCCUCUAAAGGUUGAACAAGCAAACAAUGCCCGCGAUGCCCUGGCCAAGGCGGUGUACAGCCGGCUCUUCGAUCAUGUGGUCAAACGAGUGAACCAGUGCUUCCCCUUUGAGACUUCCUCCAACUUUAUUGGGGUGUUGGACAUCGCUGGGUUUGAAUAUUUUGAGCACAACAGCUUUGAGCAGUUCUGUAUCAAUUACUGCAACGAGAAGCUGCAGCAGUUCUUCAACGAGCGCAUUCUCAAAGAGGAGCAAGAGCUGUAUCAAAGGGAAGGCCUGGGAGUCAAUGAGGUGCAUUAUGUUGACAACCAGGACUGUAUAGACCUCGUGGAAGCAAAGCUUGUGGGAGUCCUGGACAUUUUGGAUGAGGAGAACCGUCUCCCUCAGCCCAGCGACCAGCACUUUACUCUGGCUGUUCACAGCAAGCAUAAAGACCACUUCAGACUGACGGUUCCGAGGAAGUCGAAGUUGACCAUUCACAGGAAUCUGCGGGAUGACGAGGGCUUCAUCAUCAGGCACUUUGCCGGAGCAGUCUGCUAUGAAACAACUCGGUUUGUGGAGAAGAAUAACGAUGCCCUCCACAUGUCCCUGGAGAGCUUAGUGUCUGAAUCGAAAGACAAAUUUGUUCGAGAGCUGUUUGAGAACUCAAUCACCAACAAGGACUCCAAACAGAAGGCGGGCAAACUCAGCUUCAUCAGCGUUGGCAACAAGUUCAAGACCCAGCUAAACCUGCUGCUGGAAAAGCUCCGCAGUACAGGCUCAAGUUUCAUCCGCUGUGUAAAACCCAACCUGAAGAUGGUCAGCCACAAGUUUGAAGGAGCUUUGAUUCUCUCACAGCUGCAGUGCUCAGGCAUGGUGUCAGUGUUGGACCUGAUGCAGGGGGGUUUCCCCUCCAGAGCCCCCUUCCAUGAGCUCUACAACAUGUAUAAACAGUACAUGCCUGACAAGCUCACACGCUUGAAUCCACGACUUUUCUGCAAGGCUUUGUUCAAAGCUCUGGGACUAAAUGACAAUGACUUCAAGUUUGGAUUGACCAGGGUGUUCUUCCGCCCGGGAAAGGUACAGAGAAUUCGGAACAAGAUGAGUUACAGAGCUCAGGCCUGCAUUAAGAUUCAGAAGACUGUCCGCAUGUGGUUGUGUAAGAGGAAGCAUAAGCCUCGCAUUGAUGGAAUGGUGAAGGUUCGAAACCUGAAGAAGCACAUGGAGCGGUUCAACGAGGUGGUGAACGGACUGAAGGAGGGAAAGCAGGAGAUGGCCAAACAGGUCCAGGAGCUGGCUGCCUCCAUAGACGCUCUGUUAGGAAAGAUAAAGGCCACAGUAAUGACCUGGAAGGAGAUUGACACAGAGUAUCAGGUGCUGGUGAAACGCUCUGAGCAGCUGCUCUCCUCAAUGCAAAAGAAGAAGCAGGAGGAGGAAGAGACUGAGAGGCUGAAACAUAUCGAGGAAGAGAUGGAGAAGGAGAGGAAGAGGAGGGAGAAGGAAGAGCAACGGCGCAAACAGGAGGAAGAGGAGAGAAGAAUGAAAUCAGAGAUGGAGAUGAAGAGGAAGCAGGAGGAGGAGGAUAGAAAAAAGAGAGAGGAGGAAGAGAAAGCUAUACAGGCGGAGUUGGAGAUUCAGCUGGCUCUGGAGCGUGAGGAGCAGGUCCAGCGCAGCACCAUGCUGGAGCAGGAGAGACGAGACAGAGAGUUAGCCAUGAGGAUCGCUCAGAGCGAGGCAGAGCUCAUCACUGAGGAGGGGCAGAUGGACCCAAGCCUGCGCAGCGAUGAGCCUUUUUCAGAUCUUCCUAUCUCCUCAUCCUCAGCCAGAGCCAUGGGUCCUCAAGUUCAGGCAACCAAAGCUGCUGCUGGUGUGAAAAAGUAUGACCUCAGCAAGUGGAAGUAUGCUGAGCUGCGAGAUGUCAUCAACACUUCCUGUGACAUUGAGCUGCUGGCGGCCUGCAGAGAGGAAUUCCACCGCCGUCUGAAGGUCUAUCAUGCAUGGAAGUCCAAAAACAAGAAGCGCAAUGAUGAUGGAAGUGAUCAGAGGGCUCCUAAAUCUGUCACUGACUACGCUGAACAGAACCCAGCUCCUCCGAUGACAGCCCAGCAUCAGGAAGUGGCCAUGAACCGGCAGCAGCGAUAUUUCCGCAUUCCUUUCAUCCGGCCUGCGGACCAGUACAAAGACCCGCAGAAUAAAAAGAAGGGCUGGUGGUACGCCCACUUCGACGGGCCCUGGAUAGCCAGGCAGAUGGAGCUGCACCCAGACAAACGACCCAUUGUGCUGGUCGCAGGUAAAGACGACAUGGAGAUGUGCGAGCUGAGUCUGGAGGAGACCGGUCUGACCAGGAAGAGGGGGGCGGAGAUCCUGCCCAGGCAGUUUGAAGAAAUCUGGGAACGCUGCGACGGAAUCCAGUACCUCAAGAAAGCCAUUGAGAACAAGCAGGCCCGCCCCACGUACGCCACCGCCAUGCUUCAGAGUCUCCUCAAGUGAACCACAGCAGUGAGAUAAGCAUCCUCGAACAUGGAAUACACAAGACUCAAGAACAUAAACGUACAUGUUCAAGGGCAGCGCGGUGUGCCUGCUGUUUGUAGGAGGAAAAGGAAGUAACCAGAGAACGAUGCUCGUAGGCACUCAGUUUCAUCUCAUUUUAAACACCACUUUUUAUAUCUUUAUUUUGCAGUGUAACACCUGAUUGGUGUAGCGUUUGUCAGCAUUUGUCUUCUAUCUAUAUCUGAAUAGAGUAUCCCACUGAGAGGCCUUAAACUGCAAUAAUAAACUGCACUACACCCAGGAAGUCUUAAUUGGUGCGUAGCUUAUCUAGCUAUUAACCUGAAACCUUAAUGGUCUGCAAUAAAUUAGACUGUGACACAUGCUUUUAAUAGUGUCUAAUUAUCUUUGUCUUUUAAGUAAAGCUUUAUGGCCAUGUGGAUAAUAAGGCUUUAAGUACUGUUCUUCAUCUACACUUGAUUUGAUUAGUAAGAAUGAAAGUUUUCACACUCAUGCACCUUCAAAGGGACGAUAAGAAAACACUUCUCUGUGUCAGUUUUGCUGGAAAACGACUUAAAUCAUAAAUGAGUAUCAUACACCUAAAAGAAAGUGAACAAAUUAUAUUUAUACACAUAUUUCUAUUGUUAUAUUACGCUCUAUUUCAAGUAUAGAACUUCAGAUUUCUUUUUCAGUCCUCCAUCUGCUUCACUUUUGACAAAAUAAAGCAACAAAUUCAACAUGUUCACAACUUUUUCACUCCAUAUAGUCACAGAAUGUAUUUUUUAAUCCAUUUAAAGAAGUGCUGGGUUUAUUACCAUCUUAGUUUUGUCUUUUUAUCCAUCCAUUAUUUUCCUGCUGCAUGUACAACUCCUUAAAAAGGGAUUUUUUUUUUGUAUUGUUGUUUAUUUGUUAUGUAAGAGGGAAAUGUAGACAUUAGUUUUCAUGUUUGCAGUUUCAUGGGUUUGGGGUUGUUUUACAGACAAUAAUGUAAUGUGUGUGUGUGUUGUGUGUUCAUGUAUCGUUUUAAUAAGCUGAUUACUUGACUCGUGUGUUGGUUAGAUCAGGAGCAUCUCGUCGGAUGAUCAUGCAAUACCUUUAUUUAGGCUCACACUUAUUUACCAUUCAGUUUCAUUGCUCCCUGUUGGAUCUGGUUGUAUGUCGGCCUUUGCACUGGAACACUGUAGACAAUAAAUGUAUGCCCCCAUCCUC